AUGUGUGCUUCGAGUGACCACUCACUUACAGGACUGUUAUCUAGGUACGCAUCAAAUGACGUGACACUGACAGGGCUAAAUAUUUCGUCUUCCUCCACUGUCGCCUCUUCGAGUUGCGCUACAACUUUCUGUUCUUCCAAUAAUACUUCCACAGUGCUGAUUGCAACACUGACCCAUUCCAAAGGCACGCAUAAUGAGGCUCACUCCCCAGAAAUAUCACCACGCCAAACGGAAAGAUCAACCUCCCCGGAUCAACAUGUGUACAGCAAACAGCCGAUUCUGGGGACACUAAGGCAAUGUAAGAUGGCAUUAGGAAAGCAAUUAGUCCAACUAUCAGAAAAAGUUUCUCUGAAGUCGUUACUGUUGAAGGCAAGAGAAUUGAACGAAAGGCUGAACACUGCCAGGAGUUGUAUGCAGCUGAGAGUGAAGCCUAUUCUUUUCCUGGGCCUCCACGGGAAUUAUCGUGAUGGUAUCGACGGUGAUGGUAUCGACGGUGAUGGUAUCGACGGUGAUGGUAUCGACGGUGAUGGUAUCGACGGUGAUGGUAUCGACGGUGAUGGUAUCGACGGUGAUGGUAUCGACGGUGAUGGUAUCGACGGUGAUGGUAUCGACGGUGAUGGUAUCGACGGUGAUGGUAUCGACGGUGAUGGUAUCGACGGUGAUGGUAUCGACGGUGAUGGUAUCGACGGUGAUGGUAUCGACGGUGAUGGUAUCGACGGUGAUGGUAUCGACGGUGAUGGUAUCGACGGUGAUGGUAUCGACGGUGAUGGUAUCGACGGUGAUGGUAUCGACGGUGAUGGUAUCGACGGUGAUGGUAUCGACGGUGAUGGUAUCGACGGUGAUGGUAUCGACGGUGAUGGUAUCGACGGUGAUGGUAUCGACGGUGAUGGUAUCGACGGUGAUGGUAUCGACGGUGAUGGUAUCGACGGUGAUGGUAUCGACGGUGAUGGUAUCGACGGUGAUGGUAUCGACGGUGAUGGUAUCGACGGUGAUGGUAUCGACGGUGAUGGUAUCGACGGUGAUGGUAUCGACGGUGAUGGUAUCGACGGUGAUGGUAUCGACGGUGAUGGUAUCGACGGUGAUGGUAUCGACGGUGAUGGUAUCGACGGUGAUGGUAUCGACGGUGAUGGUAUCGACGGUGAUGGUAUCGACGGUGAUGGUAUCGACGGUGAUGGUAUCGACGGUGAUGGUAUCGACGGUGAUGGUAUCGACGGUGAUGGUAUCGACGGUGAUGGUAUCGACGGUGAUGGUAUCGACGGUGAUGGUAUCGACGGUGAUGGUAUCGACGGUGAUGGUAUCGACGGUGAUGGUAUCGACGGUGAUGGUAUCGACGGUGAUGGUAUCGACGGUGAUGGUAUCGACGGUGAUGGUAUCGACGGUGAUGGUAUCGACGGUGAUGGUAUCGACGGUGAUGGUAUCGACGGUGAUGGUAUCGACGGUGAUGGUAUCGACGGUGAUGGUAUCGACGGUGAUGGUAUCGACGGUGAUGGUAUCGACGGUGAUGGUAUCGACGGUGAUGGUAUCGACGGUGAUGGUAUCGACGGUGAUGGUAUCGACGGUGAUGGUAUCGACGGUGAUGGUAUCGACGGUGAUGGUAUCGACGGUGAUGGUAUCGACGGUGAUGGUAUCGACGGUGAUGGUAUCGACGGUGAUGGUAUCGACGGUGAUGGUAUCGACGGUGAUGGUAUCGACGGUGAUGGUAUCGACGGUGAUGGUAUCGACGGUGAUGGUAUCGACGGUGAUGGUAUCGACGGUGAUGGUAUCGACGGUGAUGGUAUCGACGGUGAUGGUAUCGACGGUGAUGGUAUCGACGGUGAUGGUAUCGACGGUGAUGGUAUCGACGGUGAUGGUAUCGACGGUGAUGGUAUCGACGGUGAUGGUAUCGACGGUGAUGGUAUCGACGGUGAUGGGAGAUGUGACGAUUACAGCGAUGUCAUCAAGUGUAGUAGGCGCCUACUCACCUCUGGAGAUGUUCCCACAGAUUUGGAGCGUUCACGACUGCGCGACCGUCGACGGUUGCCGUGUCUGCUGCGUCCCCAGCUUCCCAGACUGGACCGCGGCCAGCAGACUGGGGCGGACCCAGAGCGGGAGCGUCUGUCUGGGGAAGAGCGAGGCCGCCGCGAACCUUCCAACUGCACAGUGAAUGAGCUGGUGUCAGAUGUCCCCCAGUGUCUGGAGCUAGAUUUAAAAAUCCGCGUCCUUAGAGCAGUCUGUGUCUGCACGGUCCACUGCUUUCCUGCAUUCCGCGGAGCUCUAUUCCUGUCGUCCAUCAUCCGCCGUAGAGAGGUGGGAGACCGCUCGUGGUGA